CUUUUCAUGCAGGGCCGUCAUCAGGUCCAUACGUGAACCGUCCUAGUACCAAAAAACUAGCAUAGCUUUACAAUGUGUUUAUUGCUAAUUAACAAAUACUUGGGAGUUGAUCCUGAAUAUGACUGCCAUAACUUGAGAUUAUGGCUAUAAUGUCAUUUUAAGGAUUCCUUACAGGGUUGCUAAAUGCUAAAAAUGAUCGACGUUUAUUAAGUUCUUAUAGGCAUGUUAGCAUGUUUACAAAUUUCUUCGCUAAGCCACAAGGAUGUCUGUAAACGUGUAGAUGUCCGUAAAAUCUUUCACGUAUUCUGCUGAACUAAUAAACUAAUAAACUAAUUAUGGGGGAAAAAAAGUGCAAAACAGAAUAAAUUAACAAAUCAGACCCUAUGAAUUGCAACAACACUUUCCACUUUUCUUGCAGGGGUUAUCUACUGUAGCUAUAUGAUGGUAUCAGGCUGUCGUUUCCCCUGUAGCCGGCGCUGUGCUGGACGCACCGUCGUGGGUCAAGCUGAAGGCGUGGCCUGGUCCGUGUGGAAUGUUUGCAGAGCAUCUCGCGUCUGGCUGUGACAUACUGCAUCUUUCUCCCAGUGAGACUGCAGACGUUGAAGCGCUGCAUGUUUGAGAAAUGUCAGCGUUUUAAAAGCAAUAUGUUUCUACAAAAGUCAAUUUAAUCCGUGUCGUCGUGAGACGUGUGAAUAGGGUUAGGGUUAAUGCACGAAACAGCCGCGCAGUAAAACACACACAAGCAUUCUGAGGGCGCCACUGAACAACACCUGAUUGAAAUGUAGGCUUGUGCAUCAACUUCGCCAUUUGUUUCUCCUUUUAAUAACUUUAACCUCCACACAGUUCACCUGCAUUUAUCAAGAUUUAAUCAUUACAUAGAUACAUACAUUUAUAGGUAUACGCACACUCUAGUGACCGUGGGUCUGGCUGGCCUAUGAGAAGAGAAAGAUCCCCUGGGGACCAAAGGUGGAGUGGUGCUCAGGGGUCAGGCUCCUCUGAGACCCAGAGCUUCUCAUCUGAAUGGUCCUCCUGUUCAGCUCAAACACUGGGUCCGGGAUGGCACACUAGAGCGGGAUAUAUCCUCACACCAGAAACUGGAAAAGAUCCAUCAGCACGAGCCGUGGGACCUUUUUAGGAAUAUGCACUUAUAGCCCCUUACUUCAGAACAUUCAAAAUGCCAGCCUGUAAAGAAACGCUGGCGUUUGCAGCACUCUUUUUGAUCUUGGAAUUGGCCCAGUGUGAAAAGCUGCCAAGUUUCGAUUUGCUGGAGGAGUUUCGUGUUCCUGAGUCGCGAGGAGUGAGGAGAGUGGACGGCUCCCAACCUGAGUCGGCGGCCUACCGGGUCAACCCCUCCAUCCAUCUGAAGAGGAGCAUGAGCGAUGUGUAUCCAGAUGGGCUUCCCUCCGACUACUCGGUCAUCGCAACGUUUAAGGUGACCAAGGACGCCGCCAAGAUGUCCUGGAACCUGUGGCAGGUCAGUGACCCGGCGGGGCGAGAGCAGGUGGGCCUGCGUUUCCAGGGUGAUACGCGCUCUUUGGACUUCUUCUACACCAGUCCCCGUGGGAGCCAGAUGCUGAGGACCUUCCACGGUGUGGAAAAGUUGUUUGAUGGAGAGUGGCACAAACUGGCGCUGAGCGUGAAGGGCAGCCAGGUGAAACUGCUGGUAGACUGCGAAGAGGUCAAAGUGGAGUCCAUCGAUGAGCCACGACCAGUCAUCCGCCAAGGCUACACCUCUAUUGUCAAACGGGCAGCAAGAGAUCGCUCAGUUUCUGUGGACCUCCAGCAAAUGAAAGUGUCAUGUGACCCCGAGCAGGCCUACUCAGAGGGCUGCUGCGAGCUCUCCAGCGUGUGUGGAGGGUAUGCAGAGAUCGGCCUUACAGCUGGAAAAGCGUCCUGCAAGUGCAUGCACGGACAACCUGGCGUUCAGGGGCCUCCAGGGCCAAAGGGUCACAGAGGUCUUCCAGGAAAAGAUGGAGACAAAGGAAGGCAAGGGAACUGGGGGAUCCGGGGAAACACUGGAGACUAUGGCAACACUGGCGAGCCAGGCCCAAAGGGUGAACCGGGGAUCAAAGGCGAGAAAGGGUUGAGAGGACCCUGGGGCCAAGUGGGAGACAGAGGUCCUAAAGGGUUGAAAGGAUUAAAAGGGGCAGGGGGCUCCAAGGGAGUCUGGGGACCACCUGGAGAAAUUGGAGAGACUGGAAAACAAGGCGAAGUUGGAGCUAAAGGAGACAAAGGAUACGAAGGGAUUCCCGGGUUUCAAGGAGUUAAGGGUGAAAAAGGGACCGCUGGUGUGGUAGGCCGAGCCGGGCCCAGAGGAAAGCAGGGUAUUGUAGGAGACCCUGGGGAAGGAGGGACUCCAGGACAGAAGGGGAAGCCUGGCAUCCAAGGACCCACGGGCAGAGCUGGCACCGUAGGACAGAAGGGCAUUAUUGGAGAUCCAGGUUUCUCUGGCAGAGAUGGUGAUCCGGGAAUAGAGGCUUAUCAGGGACCACAAGGCCUCAGUGGAAAACUUGGACGAGGUGGAUUAAAGGGGGAGAAAGGCACCCUGGGGCCAGCAGGAGAAAUGGGCCCCCAAGGCCAAACUGGGUUAAGAGGUUACAAGGGGUCUGCAGGGAAGCCAGGAAGACCUGGAUUUAUUGGCCCACCUGGACCUACAGGACAUGUGGGUGUGCCUGGAAAAGCAGGAAGCAAGGGUGACACAGGAAUCCAGGGGAUCAAAGGAGCUGGAGGUGCACAGGGAGAAAAAGGAGUUAAGGGCCCGAAAGGAAAGGUUGGAGACAGGGGUAAGCAGGGUCCUCAGGGAGGACGGGGGAAGCGUGGCCCUGCAGGCCCACCUGGACGAUCAGGUCCCGUCGGAGUCAAGGGGGUUCGAGGAGAAGGAGGACCAGAUGGCUUUCAGGGUCCCCCAGGUCCACCAGGGCCGACCCUUCCUGCUCAACACGUGAUCGAGGUUUGCAAGAAAGUGGUCCUGGAGCAGAUGUCGUCCUUCGCCAACUCAGUGAAGAGGACCUGUGCGGCCGUCUGUCCUCUCUACGGGGACGUUCCCAUGGGUGCCCCUGGUCCCCCUGGACAGAAAGGACCCCCUGGACCUCCUGGGGACCCUGGUAAUGAUGGUGCUGAUGGAGAAGUGGGCCUACCGGGAUUCUACGGAGAAGCUGGAGAUCUGGGCCGAAAGGGAGAACCAGGUGAUAGAGGAGACAAAGGUGAUAAAGGAGCCAAGGGUUACGGCCUGCCUGGCUACACUGGAGAUCAGGGACCAACUGGUCAGCGUGGACGUCCUGGCAGAGCCUUCGACGGCAAGCCUGGGGAGCAGGGCCAGAGGGGACACACAGGCAGACCUGGACUCCGGGGCCACGCGGGUCUCAGAGGACCUCCAGGUGUUUGUCUCACCUCUGGGUGCGCUCAACUCAACUCCACAGGUGGCACGCCUCCACCGGCACCGCGGAGGUUGAGAAAUCGUCCUUAAAUAGAGUCUCUGUGGACCGUGAAAAUGAUCGAUUGAAUGAAAGAUUGUUUUUGUUAAUAUACGUCUGUUCGAUUAAACUGAGAGUUCUCAUGUAAAUACGCAAAUCAAAUCUGAACUGAACUUCUGGGAACCAAUGAUACCAAAUAACAAAAUAUAUUGUAUAAAAAAAAAGACUGUCUUCAUUUGAAACCUUUUCUUUUUUAUUUAAAACCAAUUCUAAGUUGUGGUUAAAGAUCUGUUCUUUAUAAUAAAAAUCCUAAAAUUUUA